AACUCUGGAAUCUCUCACCCACAGGGAUGGGGAUGGAGGUCCUCAGUAGCCUCAUUGGCACCAGCAUCCAGGGGCUGAUUGUAGGGAGAUAUCAUGCCAGCAUGACUUUGAACUGCCAAGCGAUCAAUGGGUCCCUGUCUAAUGAGACCACAGGCAACAGCACCUCCCCACUCACUGAUACCCUGGAAAACACACGAAUGGCAUAUCUAACAGCAGCUAUGGUCAUUGGUUCCCUCUACUGCUUCUCCUGUGCAGUUCUUGUCCUUGGGGUGAAGGAGCAGCAGGGACCACUCAGCAUCCUGGACCAGUCCAGACUCCCAUUUGUUUAUAGUCUGUUCACCAUCAUGGGCCACAGGCCCUACACUCUCCUCCUCAGUGGAUUCCUCUUCGUCUCCAUGGCUUUCCAGCAUUGCUACAUUGAUUUCUAAGUCCCUCUUCAGAGACUCUGUAGAAUCCUUUGAGAAGAAGAUCCAGCCAGCUCUGC